AUGGCUUCCAGCGUACUCAACCAGUGCGCCUGCUCCUGCACGGACGCCUUCCGCGGGCCGGAGAGCGCCGACGCCUUCAGCGACGACGAGGGCCCGGGCGGCUACGGCGGCGGCGGCCAGCUGUCGCCCGGCGGGAAGCACUUCUUCGACGGUCACGAGCACCUCGCCGUCGUCGAGUCCGCGAGCCGCGUCGCCAUCCACGCCUUCUUCCGCGAGCACAAGCCGUCGAAGCCGUCCGCCGAGAUCGACGCGAUGAUCGAGCGCUACGAGCGGAAGCGCGUGUCGCCGCGCGUGCUGCUCCACCUCGUGGAGGGCGCCUUCACGCGGGGCCGGAUCAAGAAGCGCCAGUCCGUCAUCUACCAGCGCCGGUCCGUGCUCGCGCAGCGGCUGAGGCUCGAGCAGGGGCCGAGCACGCCGACGAAGUUCCACGGCCUCGCGGCGACGCCGGGCAUCUUCGCCGACGGCGCGCCGCCGCCGCCGCCGCAGCACACGCCCACGCUCCCGGCGCCGCCGCCGCCGUCGCCCGCGUCCGAGACGUCGUCGCCGGCGCGCGCGGGCGUGCGCGUCGGCGGCACCACUGUGAAUCUGAGCCCCACGGCGACGGAGCGCCGGAGCCCCAAGGCGCCGCCGCCCGAGGCCGUCGCGCUCCCCGCCGGGUCGCCGAAGACGAAGAAGUCGAAGCGGGCGAAGGCGAAGAAGAAGCGGCCGCCGCGGCCGCCGCCGGGCCGCGCGUUCGUGCCCGGGCCGGGCGAGGACUGGCCCCGCGGCGACGAGGAGAUCGUCGUCGUCGACGGCGACGCGACCUGGGAGUAA